ACUCCCUCUCGAUUGUGGUCCGGCUGAAGCCAAGCCAGCCUGCAGUCCUUUCUUUCCCAAGAACUUCUCAGCUGAGCCACAGAGAACUUUCGGAGUCCGGGAGAACGACGGACGAUGGAGACAUCGCAGAGAAACAUUCCGACCUACCUUGGUCUGUCCAUCUUCCACUUACUCUGCUGCUUCUUACCAACGGGAAUAGCAGCUUUGAUCUGCUCUAUUCGAGUGAAAGAUGCCAUGAGGGCUGGAGAUGUGGACGGGGCCUCCAGCUCUUCUCGCGUGGCACGCACGCUGAACAUCAUUGGGAUUGUCGUCGGAGUAAUCUUCAUGAUCAUUGUCAUUGUGCUUUAUGUUGUCUUGGGGGAUAAGAAGAUGCACUGAAAGCUCUGGCCUCAGAAAGUGGCAUCAUGCUGGUUGCCAAGGGCGGAUCAAGAAGCUCCUUGCAAGAGGAUCUCGGGCACCCUUUUGUCAAGAGAGCCAUGUCUCAUUAUCCAAGACAGGAGCCGCCGGCCACUUUCUAUGGACAAGGGGACUUCCCACAUUUUGUAUCAAGAGAUUAAUUGCUUUGCCUUUUUAAAAACAACAUGCAGUUGUCUGUUGUGUGUCACCAGAGUGUAACGAUUUGCAUGCCAACCAAGCCAACUUACUAAACAGUUGUCAUUGUGUGUUACCCGGUCCCCGGGAUUGUAAGCAGAGUUGAAAAUAUUUGCUUUCUGUCACUUAGACAUCCCUUUUUUGGGGAAAAGAGUUUAAUUUUUUUUUUUUACCUGCUUGGUGGUGGCGGUGGUGGGGAUUCCACAGUGCGGUCAUGCUUUUGGCAGGGCAGCCACCUCAUUAAAGAAAUCUUAACCAA